AUGGACAUGUUUGAAAAAUUGCUCGUCCUUUUUUUUUUUACUCCUCUCAGUACUAUCCACAUCAAUUUUUUAAUUACUACACCACAAAAUAAUUAUACUGCAAGCAGUGAUAAUUUCAAAACAAACAAAGAUAUAGUAUUAGCAGUACCUGUAUUUGGAAACAUUGAUCUGGACCCUGAAACUUCCAUCACCCGGCAUAACAACUUCCGCAGCUUUGUUCAGGGUCUAAUGCUGCUUUUCAGGUGUGCAACGGGGGAAGCCUGGCCUUCAAUAAUGUUGUCCUGCAUCAGUGGCAGACCAUGUGAUAAGCUUGCUCGGAAACCAGGAUCUGAAUGUGGCUCCAACCUAGCUUAUGCCUAUUUUGUUUCUUUUAUAUUUUUCUGCUCUUUUCUUAUGUUGAAUCUUUUUGUAGCAGUUAUAAUGGAUAACUUUGACUAUUUAACUAGAGAUUCGUCCAUAUUGGGCGCACAUCAUUUAGAUGAAUUUGUUAGAAUAUGGGCUGAAUAUGACCCAAAUGCUACGGGUAAAAUACAUUAUACUGAAAUGUAUGACAUGUUGAAAAAUAUGGAUCCUCCUCUGGGAUUUGGCAAUAAGUGCCCUAAUCGCCUUGCAUACAAGAAGCUCAUAAGAAUGAAUAUGCCAGUUGAUGAAGAUGGAAAGGUCAAUUUCACCACCACAUUAUUUGCACUUAUACGAGAAAACCUUAGCAUCAAAGUCAGAAGUGCUGAUGAAAUGGACCAGGCAGAUGAAGAGCUGAGAGAAACAAUACAGAAUAUUUGGCCUCUUCAAGCAAAGAAGAUGCUAGAUCUUCUGAUACCUAGGAAAGAAGAACUUGGUAAAGGGAAGCUUACAGUUGGCAAGAUCUAUGCUGGCCUGCUGAUUUUGGAAAGCUGGAGAACAACAAGGUUUGGACAGAUCGAAUCAGCUGGUGUGCCGAGCCUAUACAAGACAAUAUCACCAACUGUGACUGGCUGUACUUAUUAUGAUGUCAUCAGUUCUUUUACAUACAGUUGUUUACCUCAUAAGCCUCAAUGGCAAUUUAUAGUUUUGUCAGUGACUUCAUUCUCCUUGAUUAUUGAAAAGAACAUAUUGCCUGCACAGUGGUUGUUAAUUUAA